CUGAACGACUCUGUCUCCAGAACUCCUCUCAACGUCACGUUCACCGAGGACCCGCUGCGUGAGUCCUCAAACAUCAGCGACACCAGCAGGGCAGGAACCAGGGACCCGACCAGGCUGCUCAUAGCCGUCUGCAUCACGGCUCUCUACUCCCUCAUCUGCGUGGUGGGGCUGCUGGGGAACCUGCUGGUGAUGUACGGGGUGGUCAGGUACACCAAGAUGAAGACCGCCACCAACAUCUACAUCUUCAACCUGGCUCUGGCUGAUGCUCUCGCCACUACCACCCUCCCCUUCCAGAGUGCCAAGUACCUGAUGGGCACAUGGCCCUUUGGGGAGGUACUGUGUAAAUUAGUCAUCGCCAUCGAUUACUACAACAUGUUCACCAGCAUCUUCACGCUCACCAUGAUGAGCGUGGACCGCUACAUCGCCGUUUGUCAUCCGGUGAGAGCUUUGGACUUCCGCACCCCUGCCAAAGCCAAAUUCAUCAACAUCUGCAUCUGGAUCCUCUCCUCUGCCGUCGGAGUCCCUGUGAUGAUCAUGGCUGGUACCAAGGUGACAGUUAAAGGAAACACUUCUUGCGAAAUCAAAUUCCCCAUACCUGAGUGGCACUGGGACACAGUGAUGAAAAUCUGCGUGUUCAUUUUUGCCUUUGUGGUUCCCGUCCUGGUCAUCACCAUCUGUUAUGGUCUGAUGAUCCUGCGGCUCAAGAGUGUUCGUCUGCUCUCCGGCUCCAAAGAGAAGGACAGGAACAUGCGACGGAUCACCCGCAUGGUCCUAGUGAUCGUUGCGGCCUUCAUCGUCUGCUGGACUCCAAUCCACAUCUUCAUCAUUGUCAAGACCAUGGUGGAUAUUGACCGCAAGAACCUGCUGGUGGUGGCCAGCUGGCAUCUGUGCAUCGCAUUGGGCUACACCAACAGCAGUCUCAACCCGGUGCUGUACGCCUUCUUGGAUGAGAACUUCAAAAGGUGCUUCAGGGAUUUCUGCCUGCCCUAUCGUUCUCGCCUGGAGCAGAACAGCUUCUCCAGGGCACGAAAUAGCACAAAGGAGCCUGUGUCUGUUUGUGCUCCUGCAACGACACAGAGACCGCCAGCCUGA